UCAAGGAUGUUUCGCGCCGUAGCUUCGUCUUCUUGUAGACUUAUCCCUGCUGCAUUUCGCGCCUCCGCCUAUGGCCGCCGCAUCUCAACCGCCCCCGCUCACAGUAUGCUCGCCAAAGCCUUGGAUUCCAAAAUCAAACACAUUACUCAAUCGAGGCCAGUGGCUCCACCCGAGUUCCCUUUCGAAAUAGAACACCCUCUCGGCGGCGACGUCUCCAUGACGAGGGAGCUCGAUGGAGAGGAAAUUGAAAUCGAGGUCAAGCUGGUUGACGAGGAGAGUAAUUCUAAUUCCUCCGUAUGUCUGGAAAUUGAUAUCUACAAACCAGAUGGAAAAUCAAUGAAUUUUGAGGCAACUGCUUCUGCUAAUGACAUUGUGAUCCAGAAAUUAACUACAAGGGAUGGUGAUUAUAAAGUUAUCUGCUCUGAGAUGUGCAUUGAGCCGGAGAGCGAAUUGCAGACAGUGUUGGGAGAGUUUCUCCACGCAAGAGGGAUUGAGAAAUCGGUUGCUGCAUUUUUGUGCGAUUACACCUUGUGGAAUUCACAGAAAUCCAAUCGGCAUGAUGUUGAAAUAUUGGAGAAGAUGAAGAAAGUUAUUACCGACUGGUGAAUGCUAGAUUAUAUUUUAAGAAUUGCUGUUUACUA